CGGUGCCUAGCCCCCAGUGCGCGACACAUGGGGCGCCUGACUGAGGCGGCGGAAGCGGGCAGCGGCGCUCAGGCUGCGCGCUGGGCAGGGCCCCCUCCCACGCUCCUGCCGCUCUCUCCCACGUCCCCCGGGUGCGCGGCCACCAUGGCGUCCAGCGACGAGGACGGCACCAACGGCGGCGCCUCGGAGGCCGGCGAGGACCGGGAGGCCCCCGGCAAGCGGAGGCGCCUCGGCUUGUUGGCCACCACCUGGCUCACCUUCUACAACAUCACCAUGACUGCGGGGUGGUUGGUUCUAGCUAUUGCCAUGGUACGCUUUUAUAUGGAAAAAGGAACACACAGAGGUUUAUAUAAAAGUAUUCAGAAGACCCUUAAAUUUUUCCAGACAUUUGCCUUGCUUGAGAUAAUUCACUGUUUAAUUGGAAUUGUACCUACUUCUGUGCUUGUGACUGGGGUCCAAGUGAGUUCAAGAAUCUUUAUGGUGUGGCUCAUUACUCACAGUAUAAAACCAAUCCAGAAUGAGGAGAGUGUGGUGCUUUUUCUGGUCGCGUGGACAGUGACAGAGAUCACUCGCUAUUCCUUCUACACAUUCAGCCUUCUUGAUCACUUGCCAUACUUCAUUAAAUGGGCCAGAUACAAUUUUUUUAUCAUCUUAUAUCCUGUCGGAGUUGCUGGUGAACUUCUUACAAUAUAUGCCGCCUUGCCGUAUGUGAAGAAAACGGGAAUGUUUUCAAUAAGACUUCCUAACAAAUACAAUGUCUCUUUUGACUACUAUUACUUUCUUCUUAUAACUAUGGCCUCAUAUAUACCAUUGUUUCCACAACUCUAUUUUCAUAUGUUACGUCAAAGAAGAAAGGUGCUUCAUGGAGAGGUGAUUGUAGAAAAGGAUGAUUAAAUGAUCCCUGCAAACAAGGUGCUUUUUCCAGAAUAACCAGGAUUUACUUGAGUCCAAGUUUUAAUAACAAGAAUAAACAACUUUGUGAAAUAUCA